AUGCGGGCGUUCGGUGACGUCGCGCGGGAGUUCCGGUCGUACCACGACAACUCGUUCAACGUCGCCGCGCACCUGGUGACGACGCCGGUGUGCCUCGCCACCGCGCUGGCGAUCGUGGAGACGACGUAUGGGACGUCCAGCGCUCGGGUGGCGACGUGGACGUACGCGCUGGCGACGGUGGUGUUUGUUGACUGCGGCGUCGGCUUGAAGGCGUGGACGACGGCUUGGAUUUGGGCGAUCGCGUACGCGGCGAGAACCGCGGUCGAGACCGGGGCCACGACGGUGGGGUUAGUCGGUACCUUUGUCGCGGCAUACGUUGGACAGGAGUUGGCGCAUCACGCCACGGGGCAAAAGACGUAUCAAGGGUCUUACAUGGGUCAGUCCAACUGGAUCGGGUUGCUUCUCGAGCACACGUUUUAUCUCCUCCCGCUCUGCCUGGACGCGGUGUUUCACAUGCGCGAGAGCUUUUUAACUUGGAUCGUGGCGCACAACUACGUCGUUCGAGGAAAGCUCACUAGCUCGAAGGAUCGAGCCGCGAUGAAGACGAUCGAGGAUUUCGUCACCAAGGAAGAUCCUGACCGAUCGUGCACGGCGCACUGGUGGCACACUCGGCUCGCGGACAAGGAAAAGAAGGCGUUCACGCACAUCGUGCACUCCGAGCCUGUGGAGAAGAUGUUUGCCGAACGAUUCCGCCCGGACGCAUGGGUCGUGAGGCCCGUGUACGGUAUGAAUGAGAUCUACGUCGCCUCGUCUCACCACAAUAACAAUUCAGACACGGUGUUUUACAUGGAGCAUAUCGACGGUCCGUGGGCCGUGUAUCCUUUUUGCUUCCUUUACCGGUGCAUGCUCGCUGUGAACGAGAACGUCAAGGUGCAGACCAUUUUUUCACACGAAGGAAGUGGCGGAUGCUUAUCCAACGGCGACGUUGUCGGUUUCGAUUUUCACCGUGAGAUCCACUACAUCGCGGACAAGCCAGUGACAAAUCCCGACCGACGCAUCACGAUGAAGCUGCAUUACUGCGUGUACCCGAAGUGCUUCGGUCCGUUCGGUGAAGGACUGCUGCAUUUAUCUGUGAUGUACAAUACACUGGCGCGUAAACUCUUCUUGAACACGAUCCAUCCGACGGGGAUCUGGAGAUUCAUGGCUUUCAUGGUACUCUUUGUUACGCGCGGCGCAUUCCUCGUGUCCAAGUACGCUGGCAUGAACAACAUCGCCAGCGUCCUCGCGUUGUACGCCGUCGGCAAGUACAUUCACCCGUUCUUCUUUUUUGCGAUGACUUCAUACACGCACUACUGCAUGUACAUCGCCACGUACCACGUGCGCGACCGAAUCAACUUUGGCAUGUUCAAGCGUAAUGUGGUGUUCUGGAAGACGCUCGCCCUUACGCACUUGGCCGUCGCAUAUGUGAAAAACUUCCAAUUCGACCCGAUUUCGAUCAUCAUGAUUGUGUGCGGAUACGGGCUCAGCACGUCGGCGGCCGUGGCUCUGGGAAUGGACCAAACGUACUUUGGAGUCGAACUCGGUGAAGUUAAACCGAACUUUGUGAGCGGAUUCCCGUACAACGUCGUGCCGCAUCCAAUGAUCGUCGGCAGCAUGCUCGGGCUUUUGGGCAUUCACAAGAUGGAUGGUUUACGAGAGGCGCUUCCGUAUGCCGUUCCGAUGCACUGCUUCAUGUACCUGCUGCACAUGAUACAAGAGCAAGUGAAUGACAUUUACUCGGAUAGCUGGAGACCGCAAUCGUCAAGCGCUCCCUCGAAGGGACGUUCGGCUCGGACUCCUGUUAGGAAGUCCUCGAGCAAGUCGCCGCGCGUGAGAUCGGCGACGCCCAAGAAAACCUCCAGUCGGACGCCCAAGAAAAGUCCUAGUCGGACGCCCAAGAGGCGCCCCUCAAAGCGGUAG